AGCAUGAAACGAAGAGAAAGAAGAUGAGAAAACAAGCGAAGGGGAAAUCAUAAAGUAUGAGAUAGAAGAAGAUACUUCAGAUGCAAAGACAACAGUAGAGAUAUGCUCACAGAAGGGCAGCCAUGUUGAGGUAGAAUCUGUUGUAGAAGAUGAAAUGACAGCUGACAAAGCUGAGAAGAUGGAAAGCAAGAAAAUAGAGGAAGCAGAAUUCUUACAAGAUGAUAGCGGAGAAGAUGCAGCCUUGCAAAAGAAACUGCUUCAGGAGGAAGAAGCUCUUGUGGUAGAAAAUAAGCUUCUUCACAGACUAUCCCAAAACAGAAGCUGAGGAGCAAAUACCAUAUCUGGUUGUCACGUUGCCAUCAGAGGAGCAUAAGCAAGAAACCAUCAAUGAAGUUGACAAGAUUGAAGAAGAUAAAAUAAAGGAAGAAGGAAUGAAAAAUGGAGACUCUGAUGGAGUAAAGACAGUAGAAGAGCUAAGCACGGAAAAAGAUCAGACAAAGGAUGCCGUAGCAGUGUUGGAUGAAGAUGAGAGUCUCAAGAAGAUUCGAGAACAAACAGAAGAGAUUGAAGAAUCCUCUGAUAUCAACUUGGAGAUACAUGAAAAGGCUCUCAACAGGAAUUGAUCGAUGAAACAGAAGAUGCUGCAAUCAGAGAGAAUCUUGUCAAAGCAAUUGAUGGAUCAGGAGGAGAAGCACAUCAGUAUGAUAAAAUAAAUGAAGGAAAUGAAAUCAUACAGAAUGAAGUUUCAAACGAAGAGAUCGCAUCUCAUUCAACUUAUCAACCGGAAGAGCCAACCAAAGAUGGAGAAGAUGCACUUAAGGAUGAACUUAUUGAAGAAAAAACAUAUGAAGAGCUAAAUGUGAAAGCUCAAAAGACGAGUGAAAACAAGGUAACUGAAAAGCAGAUGGAAGAUGAAGUUGUUAAGAAUCCAGGACAAGAUUCAGUUCGCAGGGCUGAAACCGCAACAGUAACAGAAGAUCACAUUGAGAACACGGGGAUAACAAGUUCAGUUUUCGAGGAACGUGUUCUGAUAGAUUUGCAGGAAAGAAUUGUGGAAUGCUCGCAAAAGGCUGAAGUCAGAGAUGUCAAAGAGACUUAUCCGGAAGUAGUUGAACAUGUUGCAGAAAAAACAGUAAACAAAUCUGUGGAAGAUUCAACCACAGUAUCCUCAUCUGAUGAUGUUGAAAGAUUCAAGGAGACAGAAGACGAGAAAAAGAGCAAAGUGGAAAUCAUAAAAGACGAGACUGAAGAUGCAUCAGAUACAAGGACAACAGUAGAGAUAUGCUCACAAAUAGACACCUCUGUCAAGCUAGAAGCUGCCACAGAAGAUGAAAUGACUUCUGGUCAGACUCUCGCCACAAAGAUAUCAGAAGGACAAAUGCAGAAUCCAACCUCUGCACCGCAUCCAAAGGAAGAGCAAUGCGUAAGAGCAAGUAUAGCUGAGGAGAACGAAAGUAAGAAAAUGGAGGAAGUGGAAUUCUUACAAAAUGAUAAUGAAGAAGAUGUGACCUUACAAAAGGAACAGCUACAGGGAGAUGAAGCUCUUGCAGUAGAAAAUAACGCUUCUUUACAGACUAUCCCAACAGAGAAAUCCGAGGAGCAAAUUCCAAAUCCUGUAGUCACAUUGUCAUCAGAGGAGCAUAAGCACGAAACUGUUAAUGAAGUUGACAAACCUGAAGAAGAGAGAUGAUGGAGAAAGAGAGUAGAAGAGUUAAGCACAGAAAACGAUGAGACAAAAAGGGCUCCAGCCGUGUCAGAAGGUGAAGUUAAUCACCUUCAUAUUACAACCUCUGCAUUGCCUUCUGAUGUCCAAGGGGGUGAAACAAAUAAAACAGAAUCAAACGAAAAUGAGAGUCCCAAGAAACUUCCAGAA